CAGCCGGCGCGAGCCCUGCAUGGCUGCUGCCGCGGGCGGCCCGUGCUCCCCAGCACAAGGCAUGGCUGGGUACUGGCUCCUGCCCCUCUGCUGCCUCUUGGCGUCCGGCCUGCCCGCAGCGCUGGGCACGCACAGGGAAGUGUGUGACUGCAACGGGAUGGCCAGGCAGUGCAUCUUCGACUGGGACCUCCUGAGGGAGACAGGCAAUGGGUACCGCUGCCUUGGCUGCCUGGGCAACACGGAGGGUGCCCGCUGUGAGCGCUGCAAGGAGGGCUUCUUCCGCCAGCGGGAGGAGGACUGCUGCCUGCCCUGCCGCUGCCACCCGCAUGGUGCCCUCAGCCCACAGUGCAACAGUGAUGGCCAGUGCAGCUGCAAACCUGGAGUGAUGGGCAAAAAAUGUGACCAGUGCCAACUGGGCUUUGAGUCCCUCUCGGAGGCUGGGUGCCAGAGGAGUGGGCAGAACCUGCAGUGUGCGUGUGACCCAGCUGGCAGCACAGGGGACUGCCUCUCUGGCCACUGUGUCUGCAAGGCAAGCACUACUGGAGCACGGUGCGAGAGGUGCAAAAGGAACUUCUAUAACUUGGAUGCCAGAAACCCUGCAGGAUGCUCCCCCUGCUUUUGCUAUGGGCACUCAGCUGUGUGUAUCAGUGCAGACAACCAUAGUGUCUACAACAUCACCUCCACUUUCCAGCAAGGUGCAGAAGACUGGCGAGGUGUCCACAAAAGCGGUUCCCCAGCCCAGCUCCAGUGGUCCCCACGCCAUCAGGAUGCCUUCAUACCAGCAAGGAGAUUGGAACCUACAUACUUUGUGGCCCCCACAAAAUUCCUUGGGAACCAGCAGCUGAGCUAUGGGCAGACGCUGUCCUUUGAUUACCGCCUGGACCGAGGGGGACGCCAGCCAUCUCCUUAUGAUGUGGUCCUGGAAGGAGAUGGCCUGAGAAUCACGGCCCCCUUCUUGCCCCAGGGGAAGGUUCUACCCUGUGGUGUCAGCCAAACAUACACGUUCAGGUUGGAUGAGCACCCAAGCAGCAAGUGGAGCCCAAGGCUGAAUCACUUGGAAUAUCGCAGGCUGCUGGGAAACCUGACAGCUCUCUGGAUCCGAGCCACCUUUGGGGAGUACAGCACUGGCUACCUGGACAACGUCACCCUGGUGUCGGCACAGCCCAUCGCUGGGGUGCCUGCUCCCUGGGUGGAGCGCUGCGAGUGCCCAGCAGGAUACCAGGGGCAGUUCUGCGAGAGGUGUGCCCCUGGCUACCACAGAGAUGUCCCCAGCCAGGGGCCCUUCAGCACCUGCGUGCCGUGCAAUUGCCAUGGGGGAGGAAUUUGUGAUCCUGACACAGGUGAAUGCUACUCGGGAGAUGAAAACGUGGCCAAUAGUGUCAGCUGUCCCUUUGGCUUCUACAGAGACCCGCGGCAGCUGCACAGCUGCAGGGCAUGCCCCUGUGGCAAUGGCCAAGGCUGCUCGCUGGUGCCGGGUGGUGAGGAGGUCAUCUGUGACAGCUGCCCGCUUGGAGUUGCUGGGGCCAACUGUGAAUACUGUGCUGAUGGCUAUUUUGGAGACCCAACAGCUUCCCAGCCCUGCCAGCCCUGCCAGUGCAAUGGCAACGUGGAGCCCAACGCUGUGGGGAACUGCGAUCGCCAGACAGGCGAGUGCCUCAAGUGCAUCUACAACACUGCUGGUUUCUACUGUGACCGCUGCAAAGACGGCUUCUUUGGGAACCCCCUGGCCCUUGAUCCUGCCGACAAGUGCAGAGCCUGCACCUGUGACUCGGCUGGCGCCGAGCCUCUGAAGUGCAGGAGUGAUGGGAGCUGCAUCUGCAAGCCUGGCUUUGAGGGUCCCAACUGUGAAGAGAGUGAGUGCCCAGCUUGCUAUGGCCAGGUGAAAGACCAGAUGGACCUGUACCUGCAGCAGCUGGUGGAGCUGGAGCUGCUGUUCUCAGAGGUGCAAGCUGGUGGUGGGGCUGAGAGCCAGGAGCUGGAGGGGAGGAUGCAAGUGGCAGAAGAGAUGCUGCGGAACAUCCUUGCGGAAGCCCUCAGCCUGCAAGCUUCUGACAGGUCUCUGGAAAGCCGUCUGGUCAGGAUAAAGGGACAAGGGUCCACUUCCCAGAACCGCUUGGAUGAGAUCAAGGCAAUGGUGGAGAGGUUGAGAUCCCUUGGGAGUCAGUAUGAGAUGCAGGUGCAGGACACUCGGCGGCUGCUGGAGAGAGCCAGGCUGGACCUGGACCGCAGUGGAGCCGCUCUGCGUCAGGUGACCAUUCCUACUUCAAACCUUCCCGGGGGCUCGAAUCAGUUUUUGAUGUUAACCCAGGAGGCUCUGAGACUGGCCAACAGCCAUGCACAAGCCGCCAACACCAUUGAGCAAGCUGUGAAGGCAGCACGGGAGGACACGCGGCAGGCGCUGGAGCUGGCGCGCACGGCUGCUGGUGGAGAGGCGGCUGCCGCCAGCUCCCUGCAAGGGCUGCGAGGGAAGUAUGAGGACCUGAAAUCGCUGGCUGGAGGCCUGAAGAUCGAGGCUGAUGGGAUGGCCUCUGAGGCAGAUAAGGCUUAUCAGGGCAGCCUGGUGCUCCUCAGCUCCCUGUCCCGCCUGACAAGGACCAACAUUGGGUCCUUUGAGGGGGAGGCAACCCAGCUGAAGCAGGAUGCCAGUGCUCUCCUGAGCCUGGUGGACACCUACAUGGCACAGUACAGGCAGCUGCAGAGCCGCACAGGACGCUGGGAGGAAGAAAUCAAGCAGCUGCUGAGAAGGGGAGAGGGCAAGAGAGCGAUGCUGACGCAGCUGCUCUCCCGAGCCAAACUCGCCAAGAGCACAGCCUUGCAAGCUGUGAGCGCUGGCAAUGCCACCUUCUAUGAGGUGGAACAGAUCCUGAAGAGCCUCCGGGAGUUCAACCUGCAAGCAGCUGAUAAGAGAAGGGAAGCUGAAGAUGCCAUGAGGAGGCUACCAAUUAUCAGCAGCAUGGUCACAAGUGCCAGGGAGAAGACAGACCGAGCUGAAACAAUCCUGGGCAGUGCUGCUUCUGAAUCCAAGGCAGCCAGAAGUGCAGCAGGGGAAGCAAAGGAGAUCACUAUGGGGAUCCAGCAGGAGAUUACACGGCUGAAGGUGGAAGCCAACAAGACAGCUGAUGGUGUCCUUGCCCUGGAGAAGGCAGUGGCCACUCUGCGGCGUGAGGCCAAGGAAGUGGAUGGUGAAUUUGAGAGGAAGCACUUGGAAGUUGAGGCAGAUGCUGCUGUGAUACAGGAGACAGCUCAGGAAGCUCAGAGGGUCCAUGCCAAAGCUGGCCAGGCAGGGGUGGUCGUGCAGGAGACACUGAGUGCCCUGGAAGAGCUGCUGCAUCUGAUGAACCAGCCUGGUGCUGUGGAUGAGGAGGGCCUGAAGCAGCUUGAGAUGAAUUUUAGCAAAGCCAAAACCAGAAGCAGCCAGCUGAAGGAUGAGAUGUUGGAGCUGGAGCAGACAGCCACACUGCAGAAGGCCCGGGUGCGGACACUGGAAAGCAACAUUGAUGAGAUCCUGGCGGAUAUUAAGAACCUAGAGGAUAUCCAGAGAAAUCUUCCUCCAGGCUGCUACAACACAAAAGCCAUUGAAUUGCCAUGAGUGAGCUCUGGAAAGGCUGCAGCGUCUGCCAGGCUGAAGGCAGGAGAGCCUGGCCCAGCUGCCUUCCCCAAGCCUGGAAGGACAGACUGUGUUUGACUGUGUUGAACUGAUCCUUACCCUCAAGUUCAGCAUGGCAGCUGAAGUUCACAUUGACACCUGGCCCUGGAGAGUCCCUGAUUUUUCAAAGUGGUCCGUCCCUCAGUCAUGGGAGGAAGGAGAUGUCUGGAUGUGUGAAGGUGCUGCUGUCUGAAGAGCAGCCCAUUCCUAUAUUUCUUUGAGUUGCAGGUGGAGGUUUCUUGGUGUCAACCUUGGGAAUUUGCACAGUUCGGAGCCUGAAGUUCAUGGCUGAAAUGUUCUCCAUCCCCCUGUGGAGAACACUUCUGGUCUGACACACACAGAAGGAGUGCAGUCUCUGUCCUUACUUUUGACACUACCACCACCACCUCUUCAUGUUCUUCAUGUUGUCUUUGCUUCAGUAGCUGAGGAGGCAGGGAGUGAGCAGUGUGGAGGCAGUGGGGGGGGAGAUGAGUUUUGAGUUGUGGCACUGGUGAUGCUUCAUGUGGCUUUCUCCUCCCAGCCUGCCCAGUCCUCACCUGGUUGGGAGUGGUGCUGGUGUGGCUUAGAGGUCAGAUACCACUGAUGACACUUUUGAUAAAGCUGCAGGUUUACCAUGGUGCUUUUCAGUGAGGUGGUUACUGUUAAACUAAGGUAGAAGCUGGAGCUGCCUUUAAGCUCACAGUGAUGUGCUGUAUGGAGAAAGGAGGAUCCCAGACUAGUGGCUUAGCAGAGAGAACUGCUGAGGGCUCUGAAGUGGAAAGUCUUUCCUGCUCUGCCUUGCUUCCUUCAGCCAGGAGGAGGGGGUUACCCUUCUUUCUUCCGCACUUCAAAUCCCAAAGCCCCCGAGGGGUGGCUUUUUUGUCAAAGCUUCUCCUGGGCAAGCACUGGUCUCUUUACCAUCCCCUUCAUGUUCAAGCACAACUUUUCCUUCCAAGACCAGUCAAUUUGGUGCCAAGCAGCUUCCUGGUUGUCCCAGAGCCCAGGAGAAGGCUGUGUCUCCUCUGCACAAGUACCCAGAACCCUUCAUCAGUUGUCACAGGAAUGAGGGCAGGCACCUGCAGCCACAAGUUCUCAUGUCUGAGAACCUGGUCCCAUCCUGCUGGGGUGUCAGCACACUGACUUGGUCUGUUUAAAAAUACUGGAAAUGUCCCUGGUUUGGUGCUGCUCAUUUCCCCUCCCUCCCACCUCCCAUGUGGUGCUGGAUGUUUUUUAGGGACUCAACUGGUUGUCCACAGGGGUUUCCCACUGUACAUCUGAGCAGAGCUUGGAGGAGCUGAAGACCACAGUACUUCACCCACCUGUGGCUUUUCUGUGGUUACAGCUCUGCUCUGACACUGCUCCCAGCUUCCUAUAGAUGCUAUUUCCAGAGCCUAGCAGAUGGAAUUCAACUUUGCUGAAGCACUCUGACCUUCAUAGUGGUGAAAAAGGAGGUCCUGGAUGGAAAAGGACACUUUUGGUGACUUACCCCUUGUUAGGUCUGAUUCUGCGAUAAAGCAAUGCCCAUGCUCUUGCUUCAUAACUAUAUACCAAGCACUAUGUUUGCUCUGAACUUUUAUUUAAGUGAAAUGUAUUCUUGCCUCUGGCAUGGCUUUCUUCACCCAUUGUACAGCAUAGGGACAGGUAUCAUGGACUUGACUUUAUUUUUUCACAAGCUGAGUUUUUUGUAAGGGAGAAGGUAAAUAAAGAAUAAAUACUUUUGGCUGGA